AUGUUUUGUUUACCGUGCGUAGGGUUCGGAGCUGCUUGCUUCUCACUGGUAUCUGCGCUGCCUUCCAAUCGGCCACAAGACUUGCACUUCGAAAAUAAUGUCAGGAGGCAGGAAGGAAGUUUGGAGCGAGCGCAGGCUGUCGUUGACACUUUCAAACUGAGCUGGGAAGGCUACUACAAAUAUGCGUUUCCGAACGAUGAACUCAAGCCUGUAACAAAUGGCUUCAGCAACUCAAGGAAUGGAUGGGGUGCGUCAGCAGUCGAUGCACUAUCCACCGCCCUUGUCAUGGGCGAGAAGGAGAUUGUGAAUCAAAUCAUCGAAUUUGUCCCCACGAUCAACUGGAGCGAGACGUCAAUCGAUGUGUCGCUCUUCGAGACCACCAUUCGCUACUUAGGUGGCAUGCUCUCCGGCUACGACCUUCUCAAAGGUCCAUUGGCAGACCUAGCAGAAAAUCAAGACAAUGUCGAUGCGCUCCUCACACAGUCAAUCAAUCUCGCCAACAACCUCAGCUACGCCUUUGAAACGCCCAGCGGCAUGCCCCAUAACAAUCUCGACUUCUCAGACCGUAGCUACGUGGGCAAGACAACGGGACUCGCAGUAGCAGGAACUUUGAUCCUCGAAUGGACACGCCUUGCCGAUUUGUCUGGAAACCAAACCUACGCUGACCUCGUGAACAAGGCGGAACAAUACCUCCUUAAUCCGACGCCUGCAUCUUCCGAACCUUUUCCAGGACUCGUAGGUACUGAUAUCGACGUAGCAACCGGAGCUUUUCUCGACGCUGCCGGAGGCUGGAUAGGUGGCGCAGACAGCUUCUAUGAAUACCUGAUCAAGAUGUAUGUCUACAACCCUACCACCUUUGCUGAGCUGCGCGAUGCCUGGAUCCUCGCUGCAGACAGCACAAUGGAGUAUCUCACCUCGCGUCCCGUCCCACGACCCGAUAUCACCUUCGUCAGCACCUACGACCGCACCGAGACGCAGGCCAGAUCCCAGCAUCUCGCCUGCUUUGAUGGCGGAAACUUCAUUCUCGGCGGCCAAGUCCUGAAAGAGGUGAAAUAUAUCGACUAUGGACUUGAGUUGGUGAAUGGAUGCCACGAAACGUACAUACAGACGGCCACGCGAAUUGGACCGGAAUCCUGGUCUUGGAACGAAACCACCGUGCCCGCAGAUCAGUCCUCCUUCUUCAGCACCACGGGCUUCUACAUUACAGAUUCGGGCUACCAAUUGCGACCCGAAGUCAUUGAGAGCUAUUACUAUGCCUACCGCGCCACUGGCGAUGCAAAGUAUCAGGACUGGGCGUGGGAUGCUUUUGUCGCCAUCAAUGCGACGACGAGGGUGGGCAGCGGGUAUUCGAGCAUCAGCGAUGUGAAUGAGGUUGGGGGUGGCAAUCAUACGAAUUUCCAGGAGAGCUUUUGGUUUGCCGAAGUGUUGAAGUACAGUUACUUGAUUCAGGCGGGCGAGGUAGAGUGGCAGGUGGGUAAGGAUGGGGUUAAUGAGUGGGUGUUCAAUACCGAGGCGCAUCCCGUGAAGGUUAGGAAGACCUAG